CUUCAUUUGAGGUUGGUCAGCUCGCUUUCGGGCUAUAGCCUGAUUAGCGGGCAGAAGCUGCCUCUCAAGCAUGGCUUUCAAUGCUGCUUGAUGACCCUAAGGCUUGAAAAAAUUCUUUCUUGUUUUCUGUAGUCUAUGCGCCAGAUGAAGUGUAGCAUUGAUAAGCGUCUAAGCUGAAUGGGAGUCAAUUUGUCGGCGUAGGAAACUUUAAUAGAAUUUGUUUCAGUUUCCCCCAAUCGCACCGGUUUGGCAAGAAAUAAGUUUACACCUCUGUCAACGGCCUCCUGUUGGACACUUCCUUUCGGAGACAUCAAAAUUCCCUCGCUGGGUUUUGGUGCGAUGGGUCUGAGCUUCGGCUUAGAUACUAACCUUAGCCUUGAGGAAGCCGAACCGGUCCUGCUGAAGGCAAUUGAGCUUGGGUGCGCAUUUUGGGACACUGCUGUUGUCUAUCAAGCUGGAGUAAAUGAGAAGCUUCUGGGAGACUUUAUCAGAAAGCAUAACGUUCGUGACAAGAUAUUCAUCGCUUCGAAAUGCGGAUUCAACUGCAUCGGAGGUGAUGGCUCGGUCACCAACUCUGCUUCGCAUAUCAAGGAGUGUAUUGAAGGCACUAUUGAGAGACUCAGAUUCACUCCUGACCUGUACUAUCUCCACCGGAUUGAUCCUAGUAGGUCUGAUCGCAACCUUGUUCGUGUUCAUGUUGGUAAUUUUUACACUCCUCUCACGGAGUCAAUUCCCGCACUAAAUGAGAUCUGCAAGGCAGGCAGAACGAAGUACAUCGGGCUUUCAGAAUGCUCGGCUGCCACGCUUCUGUUUAUUUUGCAACUAUUCGUCAAGAUCGAUGCCGUUCAAGCCGAGUACUCAGCCUUCGAGACACUGCACGAGACUGAUGGCUUGAUCGAUACGGCCAAAGAGCUUGGUGUAGCCUAUGUCGCCUAUAGCCCAUUGGGGCAUGGCUGGCUUGUUGACAAUUUUGAUUUCAACUCCCCCGAAGACUUCGCACCUGAUGACUUCCACCGCAAGAAUCGAGCAAUUGUGAAAGAAAUCCAGAAAAUUGCUGCUCGCAAGGGUUGCAAGAUUAGUCAAAUCGCACUUGCCUGGGUUGCUUCUCAGGGACUGAUUCCUAUUGCGGGUACUACCAAAGCUAGUCGCUUGGAGGAGAACUGGGCUAUUGUGUUGACGGAGGAGGAUAAGCGGGAAAUGCGAAAUAUUAUUGACGCUGCUAAGCGUCAUGGUAACAGAUAUGCUCCUGCUCAGCAAGCUAUGGUUGGCCAUUAG